AUGAAGGUCGAACAACCCGGGGCCCAUGCUUAUACGCUGCCACGCAACAUCGUCACGCUGCAGAGUGCGGCACAGCAGCAGCAGCAGCAGCCACCACCACCAGCACCACCGCAACAGACAAGAACCCCACGGGCACGCACGCAGACAGCGCAGUUGGCAGACCCCAAUGGGGCGCACACCGCCAACACCAUCCAGCUGGACACCACUCUGGCCGAGCUCUACCAGGCCAAUGGGAUCCAGGGCCCCUUCAUCGUCACCAUGUACUGCGUCUUUGGACACAUGGACCUGCACCCGGCCUGGCCUCGUGAGCUGGUUUACCCGGAGGACGAGGAGCCCGUGCCGUAUGCCGCGGAAAACAAGCAGGAGAUUGCGAGAUUGCGCAGCAUCAUCCUGGGCAUGAAGCCCCUCCGCAGGGCCUUUGGGGUGGGUAACAUGGAUGUGCUCCUGUUUGGGCCCAACGUCACGGCCGGCGGCAUGGAGAGGGCGCUCUCGCAACUAGCGCCGCACCAGCGGCACCGACCCGUGAUUGUGGACCUGGACGGGCAGGAGGAGGACGUCGGCACGCAGCUGAGGAGGGCCACCCAGGGCAAGAAGCUCCUGUUCUGGCGGCCGCAGGGCUGGAUGGACGACCACGACUGCCUCCUCGACCCGAGGCAGAUGUUCGACAUCAACAGCAAGGGCUUCCUCCUCACGUCCGGCAUCCACACCCCGCCGUCCGAGGUCGUCGACCUGCAGGCCGUGGAGCUGGCGGACAGGUCGUGCGUGUUCUGGACCAGGCCGCUCCCGUUCGUGGUCAAGCUGUACCGGGCGGGAUGCAGCUUCGGCACCUACAUCGUCAAGGCGGAGCGCCAGCGCGACGAGAUGGUGGGGGCCAUGGCCAGGUACAAGGCGCGCGGGACGACCGAGGUGCUGCUGAGCACGUACAUCGACCUGGUGCAGGACCUGAGCGUGCACUUCUUUGUUGGUGCGCCGGGGACGGCGCAUGACAGGGAUAAUCCUCAGAUCCUCGGGGUCACGGUCCAGACGCUAACUGAGGCCGGGAAGUGGGUUGGGGGCCACAUCGACUAUGGCAUGCAGGAGGAGCUGCAGAGGCUGGUGUGGGAUACCGUGCGGGACACCACGAGGAGGAUGCCCGAGACAUUCAUGGGCUGGGCCGGGGUGGACAUCGUCGUGGACAGGGAGGGCGGGCAGUGGGUUGUCGACCUCAACGCCCGCUUCACUGGCUCGAUGCCCAUAUGCCUCAUGUCUGGCCACUUCUGGAAGCAAAGGGGCCUGCCAUUGGCCCAGUUCUCAGCUGUGGAGUAUGGCGGAGACGUGGAUUGCAUCUACGCCAGGCUUGGAAGGCUGGUGCAGACGGGCCAGGUCGUGGUGACGGCGACAGCGAGCAUCGAGGAGGGUGGCAACAUGGCAGACGUGGUGUGGGGUGGGAGAAAUAUGAAGGAGUUGGCGGACGUUCAGACACGGAUUAGACAGGCGCUUGCAAAGGCAUCCUAG